AUGAGCACAGAUAUCCUCAGCCUGGUCCACUCCUCCAAAAACAAGUUCCUGAGGGAAAUCUUCAAGCUGGAGUCGGCAGACAUGAGGCUGGGCCAUGGAACUAUCCUCCGGGGGAAGGCGGGGAGCCAGUUCCUCAAGCAGGGGUUCACAGAGUCUGAUUCAGCGGCUCAUGGUGAGUCUGGGGCGGGGAAGACGGAGACCACCAAGCUCAUCCUGCAGUUCCUGGCCACUGUUAGCGGUCAGCAUUCGUGGAUUGAGCAGCAGGUCCUGGAGGCCAACCCCAUCUUGGAAGCUUUUGGAAAUGCCAAGACGAUCCGAAACGACAACUCGAGCCGCUUCGGGAAGUACAUUGACAUCUACUUCAGCCCCAGCGGGGUGAUCGAGAGCGCGCGCAUCGAGCAGUUUCUGCUGGAGAAGUCCCGGGUCUGCCGGCAGGGGAACUGCACCUCCUGUGAGGGGCUUCAUGACGCCCAGGACUACGCCCACGUACGCUCAGCACUGAAGAUCCUCAUGUUCUCUGAUGCUGAGAACUGGGACCUCAGCAAGCUGUUGGCAGCCAUUCUCCACCUGGGGAACGUGGAGUUUAUGGCCGCGGUCUUUGAGAACCUGGAUUCCUCCGACGUGGUGGAGACAUCUGCCUUUCCCACAGUGGUGAAGUUACUGGAGGUGACACACCAGGCGCUCCGGGACUGUCUGAUCAAGCACUCCAUCAUCAUCCGCGGGGAGUUCGUCACCAGGCCUCUGAACAUCGCCCAGGCUGCAGACCGGAGGGAUGCCCUUGUCAAGGGCAUCUAUGGGCACCUCUUCCUGUGGAUUGUCAAGAAGAUCAAUGCUGCCGUUUUCACUCCGCCUGCCCAGGACCCCAAAAAUGUGCGAAGGUCCAUCGGCCUCCUGGACAUUUUUGGCUUUGAAAAUUUCCACAACAAUAGCUUCGAGCAGCUCUGCAUCAACUUCGCCAACGAGCACCUGCAGCAGUUCUUUGUGCAGCACGUGUUCACCCUGGAGCAGGAGGAGUACCGCUCAGAGGGCAUUGCCUGGGACUUCAUCCAGUACACAGACAACCGGCCUACCCUGGACCUGCUGGCCCUCAAGCCCAUGAGCAUCAUCUCCCUCCUGGAUGAGGAGAGCCGCUUCCCACAGGGGACAGACACCACCAUGCUGCAAAAACUGAACAGUGUCCAUGGCAACAACAAGGCCUUCCUGCAGCCCAGGAACAUCCACGAUGCCAGAUUCGGCAUUGCCCACUUUGCUGGUGAGGUGUACUACCAGGCAGAAGGCUUCUUGGAGAAGAAUCGAGACGUGAUGAGCACAGAUAUCCUCAGCCUGGUCCACUCCUCCAAAAACAAGUUCCUGAGGGAAAUCUUCAAGCUGGAGUCGGCAGACAUGAGGCUGGGCCAUGGAACUAUCCUCCGGGGGAAGGCGGGGAGCCAGUUCCUCAAGUCUGCAGACUCCAGCAGGCGGCCCGCCACCUUGGCAGGCCAGUUCAAGCAGUCCCUGGACCAGCUGAUGAAAAUCCUGACUAACUGCCAGCCCUAUUUCAUCCGCUGCAUCAAACCCAAUGAGUACAAGAAGCCUCUGCUCUUCGACCGCAGGCUGUGCCUGCAGCAGCUGCGCUACUCGGGCAUGAUGGAGACCGUGCGCAUCCGCAAGUCGGGCUUCCCGCUCCGCUACACCUUCCAGCAGUUCUCCCAGCGCUUCGGCCUCCUGCUGCCCAGCGCCGCCCGCCUGCCGCUUCGGGACAAGUUUCGACAGAUGACACUGUGCAUCGCUGAAAGGUGCCUGGGAACAGACAAAGAAUGGAAAAUGGGAAAGACCAAAAUUUUCCUGAAGGAUAGUCAGGACACUCUGCUGGAGGUACAGAGGAGCCAGGCCCUGGAAAAAGCAGCGAUUAGCAUCCAGAGAGUCCUGCGGGGCUACAAAUACAGGAAGGAGUUUCUGAGGCAGCGGCGGGCAGCUGUGACCCUUCAGGCUGGGUGGAGAGGCUACAGCAGCAGGCGGAGCUUCAAGCUGAUCCUCUUGGGUUUUGAGCGCCUGCAGGCCAUCGCCCGGAGCCACCUGCUGGCGAGGCAGUACCAGGCCAUGCGGCAGAGGAUGGUCCAGCUGCAGGCCCUCUGCAGGGGCUACCUGGUGCGCCUGCAAGUCCAGGCCAAGAGGAGGGCUGUGUUGGUCAUCCAGGCACAUGCCAGGGGCAUGGCUGCCCGACGGAACUUUCGGCAGCAGAAAGCCAAUGGGCUGUCGGCCACCCCGGCUGGGAAGCAGAAGGGCCAGCGUGCCCCAGCCACCGGGAAGCGCAAGUCAAUCUACGACACCAUCACCGACACGGAGAUGGUGGAGCAAGUGUUUGGCUUCCUUCCGUCCAUGAUUGGAGGGCAAGAGGGCCAGGUCCCACCUCACUUUGAGGAUCUGGAAACAAAGACUCAGAAACUGCCCGAGGUUGACCUGGACACUGUCCCCAUGGCGGAGGAGCCCGAGGAGGAUGUGGAUGGCCUGGCUGAGUACAGCUUCCCCAAGUUUGCUGCAACGUACUUCCAGAAAUCGGCCAGCCACACGCAUAUCCGGAAACCCCUGCGAUACCCGCUGCUCUACCACGAGGACGAUGCCGACUGCUCGGCUGCCCUGGUUGUGUGGAGCAUCAUCCUGAGGUUCAUGGGUGACCUUCCAGAGCCAGUGCUCUUUGCCAGGAAUAACCGGUGUGUCAGCUCAGUGAUGCGGCAGACCCAGGACGCUGUGGGCAGAGAGAGCAGUGCCCAGUCUCCACAGCAUGGAUCUGCACAGAGACCAAGCCUCAGGGACAGAAGGACCAAGGACAUCUCUUCCAUGAAACUGAAGCGUUCCUCCCACAUCACAGGCCAGGUGGCGAGCCAACUGAACAUUGGAGAGGAGGCAUUUGAGUCUGAUGGCUCCAUCUCAGACCGACCCAUGUCCAACCUGGAGAAGGUGCACCUUAUUGUGAGCUAUGCCAUCUUGCAGCCCAACCUCAGGGACGAGAUUUACUGCCAGAUCUGCAAGCAGCUGUCAGAGAACUUCAAAACAAGCAGCCUGGCCCGGGGCUGGAUCCUGCUCAGCCUCUGUUUGGGCUGUUUCCCGCCCUCCAAGAGAUUCAUGAAGUACCUGCUGAGCUUCAUUGGUGAAGGGCCAGCCGGCUACGGGCCCUUCUGUGCUGAGCGCCUGAGACGCACUUAUGCCAAUGGGGUACGCACGGAGCCCCCCACUUGGCUGGAGCUGCAGGCUGUCAAGUCCAAGAAACACAUCCCAAUCCAUGUCAUCUUGGUGACUGGAGAGAGCCUAACUGUCACAGUGGACUCAGCCUCAACGUCGCAGGAAGUCUGCCUGCACAUUGCCCGCAAGCAAGGCCUCAGUGACCACCUGGGCUUUUCCCUCCAAGUUGCUGUGUACGACAAGUUCUGGUCCUUGGGCAGUGGGCGUGACCACGUAAUGGAUGCCAUUGGCCAGUGUGAGCAGCUGGCCCGGGAGAGGGGUGAAAGUGAGCGCCAGUCACCCUGGCGCCUCUACUUCCGGAAAGAGUUCUUUACCCCCUGGCAUGACCCCCACGAGGAUGCUGUCAGCACUGAGCUCAUUUACCGCCAAGUCCUCCAUGGAGUCUGGUCCGGCGAGUACAGCUUCGAGAAGGAGGAGGAGCUGGUGGAGCUGCUGGCCAGGCACUGCUACGUGCAGCUCGGAGCCUCGGUGCGGAGAGAGGCCGUCCAGGAGCUGCUGCCCAGCUGCAUCCCAUCCAAGCUGUACAAGACCAAGCCCCCAGAGCAGUGGGCCAGUCUCGUCACUGCCACCCAUGCCAAGGCACCAUACACCCAGAAGCAGGCCACGCCGCUGGAUGUGCAGGAGCAGGUGGUGGUCGCUGCCCGCCUGCAGUGGCCACUGCUCUUCUCCAGACUCUUUGAAGUCACCACCCUCUCUGGCCCCCGACUGCCCAAAACUCAGCUGAUCUUGGCUGUUAACUGGAAGGGGCUGCACUUCCUGGACCAGAGGGAGAGGGUGCUCCUGGAACUCUCCUUCCCAGAGGUCAUGAGUCUGAUCACCAGCAGGGAGGCCCCGGGUGGGCCGAGGCUGUUGCUGUCCACGCUGCACCAAGAGGAGUAUGAGUUCGUGUCCCCCAGCAGUGUGGCCAUUGCCGAGCUGGUGGCCGUGUUCCUGGAGGGCCUGAAGGAGAGGUCCGUGUUUGCCAUGGCCCUGCAGGACCAGAAGGCCACAGAUGAUGGCACCCUCCUGCCCUUCAAGAAGGGGGAUUUGCUGAUCCUGACAAAGAAGCAGGGGCCCCUAGCCUCUGAGAACUGGGUCCCUGGCCAGAACGACAGGACAGGCAAGACUGGGCUGGUGCUCACCGCCGGCCUCUACACCAUCCCUACCAUUGGCAAGCCCUCGGCACAGCUGCUGAGCUUGCUGGCUAUGUCACCAGAAAAGCGGAAGCUGGCAGCCCAGGCAGGACCGCCCACAGAAGCCCUAUCUGAGGAGCAGGCCAAGGAGAAGCUGCACACCCUGGAGGAAUUCUCCUACGAGUUUUUUAGGGUCCCGGAGAAGGAGACCGUCAGCAGAGCCAUGCUCCACCUCACCCGGGCUCGGGGCCACCUGUGGGCUCACAGCCCUGAGCCCCUGCGGCAGCCGCUGCUCAAGCGCGUCCAUGCCAACACUGAGCUGCGGGAUGCCGCCUGUCAGAUCUUCAUCGCCAUCCUCAGGUACAUGGGCGACUACCCCUCUAGGCAGGCCUGGACUUCCUUGGAACUCACCGAUCAGAUCUUCUCAUGGGCCCUCCAGGACGUGGCUCUGCAGGACGAGGUCUACUGUCAGAUCCUGAAGCAGCUGACACACAAUACCAAGAGGUACAGUGAGGAGCGAGGCUGGCAGCUGCUGUGGCUCUGCACUGGGCUCUUCCCUCCUGGCCAAGCGCUGCUGCCCCAUGUCCAGAAGUUCAUAUACACAAGGAGGAACAAGCUCCUGGCCCCUGACUGCGGGCGCCACGUCCAGAGGGCCCUGAGGGUGGGGCCCCGGAAGCAGCCCCCCCACCAGGUGGAGGUGGAGGCCGCAGAGCAGAACGUCUCCCGCAUCUGCCACAAGAUCCUGCUCCCCAACGACACCAGUGAGAUGCUGGAGGUGGGCGCCCACACCAGGGUGCGGGAUGUGUGCAGCAGCAUCGCUGCCAGGCUGAAGCUGGCCUCCUGGGAAGGCUGCAGCCUCUUCAUCAAGAUUGCGGACAAGGUCAUCAGCCAGAAGGAGGAAGACUUCUUCUUUGACUCCUUGCGGCAGGUGUCUGACUGGGUGAAGAAAAGCAAGCCUCAGAAAGAAGGGGCCCCUGUGACACUGCCUUACCAGGUGUACUUCAUGCGCAAACUGUGGCUCAGUGUGGCCCCAGGGAAGGACCUGAACGCAGACACCAUACUCCAUUACCACCAGGAACUGCCCAAAUACCUGCGUGGGUUCCACAAGUGUUCACGGGAGGAUGCUGUCCACCUGGCAGGCCUCAUCUACAAGGCCCAGUUUGACAGUGGCCAGUCCCAGCUAGCAAGCAUCCCCAAGAUCCUGAGGGAGCUCGUGCCCGAGAAUCUCACACGCCUGAUGUCCUCGGAGGAAUGGAGAAAGAGCAUCCUGCUGGCCUACGACAAGCAUAAGGACAAGACGGUGGAGGAAGCCAAAGUGGCCUUCCUGAAGUGGAUCUGUCGGUGGCCCACCUUUGGGUCCGCCUUCUUCGAGGUGAAGCAAACCUCAGAGCCCUCCUACCCAGACAUCGUCCUCAUCGCCAUCAACCGGCACGGAGUUCUGCUCAUCCACCCCAAGACCAAGGAGCUGCUCACCACCUACCCUUUCACCAAGAUCUCCAGCUGGAGCAGCGGCAGCACCUACUUCCACAUGGUCCUGGGGAGCCUGGGCCGGGGUAACCGCUUGCUGUGUGAGACCUCCCUGGGCUACAAGAUGGAUGACCUGCUGACCUCGUAUGUGCAGCAGCUCCUGAGCACCGUGAGCAAGCAGCGGGGCAUGCGGGCCCCAGUCCCAGCUCAUCCUUAGCAGGGGGAUCACUUGCCCAUGCAGUCACCCUUCCCAAUCUGGGGCCCUUGGGCCCAGGGCCUGUGCAGGCAGCCUUUCAUGCUGCUCUUUCCCCAAAACACACACACUCCAUAUUCCUUGGCUCUCCAGGCAGGACCCCUCUCCCAGGUGCUGACCAUGGGGCUUAAGGAAAGAGGCCAGGGCA